CAACUGUAGAGAGAGGGGGGGAAUCAUGGAAGGCAACAGAGACGAAGCGGAAAAAUGCAUCAAUAUCGCGACGAAGGCCCUCGAAGCAGGAGACAAGGAAAAGGCCAUAAAAUUCCUGAACAAAGCGGAGAAAUUAUUCCCGACUGACAAAGCGAAAGUGUUGUUGGAGGUGUUGUUGAAGAACGGCAGUUCGGCCGGUAAUGGAGGAGCGUACCACAGGAAGUCCGCGAAUGGAACCGGGACGACGGCCACGCCUCCACCGCAGCAGAGCCAGGAAUCAGCAAACAGCGACUUGUCCAAGAGCUUCACCAAGGAGCAGGUGGACGGAGUGCAGAGGAUAAAGCGGUGUAAGGACUACUAUGAGGUUCUGGGUGUCAGUAAGGAUGCUAACGAGGAGGAGCUGAAGAAAGCCUACAGGAAGCUGGCGCUGAAGUUUCACCCGGAUAAAAAUCACGCUCCCGGAGCGACAGAGGCCUUUAAAAAGAUCGGGAACGCGUACGCCGUGCUGAGUAACGCUGAGAAGAGGAGGCAGUACGAUGUGAGCGGAGGGGAGGAGCCCAGCAGCCCGGGACACGGCGGUCACGGAGGAUUCGAGUUCCACCGCGGCUUCGAGGCCGACAUCACGCCUGAGGAUCUGUUCAACAUGUUCUUCGGAGGCGGUUUUCCCGCCUCGAGUACGUUUGCUAAUGGCCGGGAUCGAUACACUCAGCCGACGGAGCAGAUGAGGAGGGAGAGAGAAGAGCGAGGAGACGGAGGAUUCUCCAUGUUUAUCCAGCUGAUGCCCAUCGUGGUGUUGAUCCUGGUGUCUGUUCUCAGUCAGCUGUUGGUUUCUACUCCUCCAUACAGCCUCUACUCCAGACCGUCGACCGGUCAGACGUUAAAGAGACAGACGGAGAACCUGCACGUGGAUUAUUACGUCACCCGAGACUUCAAAUCAGAGUAUAAGGGCUCGGCGCUGCAGAAGAUCGAGAAGAGCGUGGAGGAGGAUUACGUGUCGAACGUGCGCAACAACUGCUGGAAGGAACGACAGACGAAAACAGACCUGCUGUAUGCAGCUAAAGUGUACAGAGACGAGCGUCUGCGCAGGAAGGCCGAGUUCAUGACCAUGGAUAACUGUAAAGAGCUGGACAGACUAAACGAGUUGUUCCGCGGUGGAUGAGCGUCACUCUGCACGGACUCUUAGCACAUAGAUACGACAGAAUAUUUACAAAAUAUGUAUAUGUCACAAAUGUAAAUGUUUUUUAAGGAAAGAAAUCGGGACGUUAGGAGAGAAAACGUAUACUAAAAAAUUAACGUCUGAUGUACUGUGAGAUCUUUUACUUCGAAACCGUUUUCAUCCUCAUCAUGAUUCGUCGCUGCUUACAGCUGAAUCCCUGACACCAUUGUACCUCUGAAGAGUUCUAACACGCUGAAGGAUAUCAGAUCAACUCCCUACCGUUCCUGGUCUCUGCUGCCUCCUGACCUCACGUUAGACUUCCUGAAGCUCAUCAGGGAGGCGUAGCUCCUCUCCCACAAUCCUUCACGUCUAUAGUGAGAUGUAAACUUGAAGAAAACUGCGUUUGCUCCUUCACUAGUCCACACCGAAGCUCCAUGAUCAUGAUCGGUACCGACAGGAAGUGAUUUGAGCAGAGUGGUUCCCCCCCCGAAGUCACGGUUCUGCUGGAUGGACCACAGAGUUAUUUUUAAUCCACGUUGUACAUUUUAUUUCUGAAUGUUUGAAACUAUUUAAGUCUUUCGAGAAUCAAUCUAUUUCUUCAUUGCUCGACUAAUCAUUUGAAUAAAGUUUAAAUUAUUAAUGA